AAGGGGGCGUGUCUCUCCGCAGAGCCCAAGGCAGCACUGGCUCGCCGUCCCUCCGCAGUUCUCGCUCCGUUCCUUCUCCCUUCGGCCAUGUCUCCCGCCUCGGCUCCGGGCCCCCAGCCCUACUUCCGCUCGGACUCGGCGGACUCUGCGGCGGCGAUGAUGCUUCCGGGCGGGGCUCCCGUGCCGAAGCGGCGUGGCGGCGGAGGCUGGCUGGCGGUGGCUGCGCUGGCCCUGCUGGCCCUCCAGGUGGCCGCCGCCUCGGGCCUCUUCGUCUACUUCACCGUCGCCCUCGGAAAGCUCAAGGCCGAGGCCCAAGGCACUUCGGAGGAGUUGCGGUGCCUUGUGUUGCUCAACCGGCUCCAGGAUCUCUCCAACUGGGAGGAGCUGGUGGGCAACCAGUCCUGCCUGAAGAUGGCCAGCAGCAUCAAGAAUUAUGUUACUGGGGUGACGGAGGACGUUAUCCAGAAGAGUGCUCAGGCAGGAACCACAGAGAAGCUCUCCUCCGACCAGCCGCUGACCAGCCAACCGUUGGGAGGGAGGCCUUCAGCGCACCUCACGCUCCGACGGCUGAGCCCCGUCCAGCCAGAGGCUCUGGCAAAGUUUGGGCAGCUGCCGCAGUCCUGCCGGCACCCCAUUGGCCACUGGGCUGACCAGACCAUGCAUGCCCACCUCCAGAACGUCAGCUACCAGGGUGGCCAGCUGCUCAUCCGCCAGCCGGGCAAGUACUACGUCUACACACAGGUCUACUUCCGCUACCCGACGGAGGGCUCCGGGGCUCAGGCCUUGGGCCACCAGCUGGUGCAGUGUGUCCACCUGCAGGACAGCUCCAGGCAGAAUGCGCUGCUGCUGAAAGGGGUGGGCACUAAGUGCUGGGCCAAGGAUGCCACCUAUGGCCUCCACGCUCUCUACCAGGGUGGCCUCUUCGACCUCCGGGCCGGGGACAGGCUCUUCGUCUCUGUCUCAACGCUGGACAUCAAUGAUGGUGAUGAGGCUGGCAGCUAUUUUGGGGCCUUCCGGCUGGAUGGGUAACACUGGUGGAGUGUUUUCCCACCGGGAGGACCUCUUGGAAAUCGACACUGCUUUUGUCUUUUGAUAUCACCAUUAGGCCAGAUGGACCUACUUGGAAACAGCAGGAGACACUUGAGGCCACUGGAGUUGUGUGUGGGACCCUGCAAUUCAGCUUUCUCCUUUUGUUAGCAGCCGCAAUGUGGGCUCCUUCCAGAAUUGGGGCCCUUGAGGACUAGAAAUCCAAACUCCUUUCCCUUAAGAAAAGGCUGAGGAGGGAAGGGAGCACCGCACCGUCUUGUCAAUGUGGUGGGACUUGCAGUGGACUCCAUUCCAUACAAUGCUCAGCCUGGUUCAGGCUAGUUUUCUGCCCAUCAUUUGCCAGUGGGAAGGGAGCUCUCCCUCACCAAAACCAGUUAAGAGAAAGGCAGGCAAAAGACGGCAAUGCAGGGCAGGGACCAAGUGGUGCAAUGGAAAACCAAAGCUGAGCCUUUCCUGGCCAGUUUCCCUUCAAGCUUUUGGACACAGAUCAGGACACCUGCCCUCCCUAUUCCGUGUUUGUUAUCUGCCAGAGACAUAACCCCUUCUGCUAAGCCAGGAAUUAUUAUUUUUCGACAGGCUUUUACCACUAAUAACCUUAAGUAAAGGUAAAAGUUUCCCCUGAUGUUAAGUCCAGUCAUGUUCGACUCUGGGGAUUGGUGCUCAUCUCCAUUUCUAAGCUGAAGAGCCGGCUAAUAACCUUAGGGGAAACAAAAAGCCAGGUCUUGCAAAAUAGCCUCCCUUCAGUAUGACUGUGUUGUGUUCAGGUGAAUUGGUGAGACAAGAAAGGUUGGCUUGGCCAGAAAUGUAGGUCAGUGUGGCACCUGUUUGUACAGCCUGCAGGCAAGAGAAGGGGGGCCUGGACCUGCCCUUUUUCUGCCUCCCCCCCCCCCCCCCCGGCUGUGUGCAGCUCUGACCGGCCUUUCAGGUUUGCACAUCAUCUUGGGUGAAACCGCCUUGGCUUGCCAGAGCUCUGGGAGACGGAAGCACAGGGGACGGUUCCCUUCACCUUUCUCUUUGGGGUUUUGGAGGGUCAGAAGGGAGUCCAAGGAGGAGGAAAGAGAAGCUCCCUUGUAAAUAUGGUCAGUCAGGGAAGAUGAGGCAGCCACAGCAGCUGGGGGCUUCUGGCAAAGGGAAAGACACUGGGUUGCUGUGAGUUUUCCAGGCUGUAUGGCCAAGUUCCAGAAGCAUUCUCUCCUGAUAUUUCACCCACUUCUAUAGGAGGCACCUUCAGAGGUUGUCAAGUCUAUCGAAAACUAGGCAAGUGGGGUCUAUAUAUCUGUGGAAUGUCCAGGGUGGGAGAAAGAACUCUUGCCUUGUCUUUUCUUCAACAGAAAGGAGGAAACCAUGAAAAUGAACUAAAUCUGGCUACCAGUAUUAAAACACUCUAGGAUCAGGACAGUGAAUAAAGAACAACACUCAGAAACAAAGAAAUUCCAGACAGGAAACAAUCAGAGCCAGCUAACACCUCCCAACAAAGGAUGUCCCCCAGGCAGGAAGCAGCCAGGCUUUGAAGCUUCAAGGCUAUUCAGUACUAAUCAAGCUGUCUAUUUGCAACAUUCACACUUGUCUCCAACCAACAAGAGUUCUCUCUCCCACCCUGUACAUUAUUCCACAAACAGACAGAUAGAUAGACCCCACUUGCCUAACUUCCAACAGACCUCAUAACCUCUGAGGAUGCCUGCCAUAGAUGUGGGCGAAAUGUCAUGAGAGAAUGCUUUUGAAACAUGGCCAUACAGCCUGGAAAACUCACAGCAGUGCAGACUACUCAGCUCCCAAGUGCUGAUUUCCACAGCCUCCUCCCCAUUUGCAAGGGAAUUCUUGCAGAAAAUCGGAAAAGACGAUGAAAAGCAAUCUCAGGUUGGGUUGAGAGGAACCAAAAAGCAAGAAUUUUGCUCUCUCUGGAUCCCAGGUGGAGAAUGGUUAUUUUAUAGAGAUCUAGAAUAUGUUCUAUGCUGGAGGGAUGCGGCCGGCUGCGGUUCCUCUGGGUAAAGCUAAGUAGGCUUAAUCUGCCAAGGAUCUGCUAGCCGCUGGCACAGAGAAGUCAUUCUGGUUAGGAGCGGAAGUCAAAAUGGUCUUGGAAAGGACUCCUCUCAUUCACAAAGCAGUAAAGCAAGAUCUUAAAUGCACUUGUAGAGCGUUUAAAUAGUGAUCUUUAAAAAAACAACAACCCAAAGGUCAUCCCAGUGAGCAAUUUGCAUGUUGCGAGAGGAGCGGCUUCAGCAGAAAGGAAUGCAGUCGAAAGCCCUGCCGAGAUUUCUGCAGUUUCCGGGAAGGAUAACUGCCCCCUUCCCUUCCUUCAAGAUUUUGAGGAAUUGGCAGCAAAGCAACAUGAAUAAAUUAUUCAACUUAUACCACUUCUUUUACUCCUUCGUGGACUCUUUCCCAAUCCAACUUCCAAAAGAACGAUAUAAUAAAGGUCUUUUUCUUCUAAAGAGAAGAUUAAUUUCCCACAGAUUAUAUAGUGCAAUCCGUUAUCUUGUAGAAAAAAAACAAACAUGAUUAUCAUUAGCUCCAGAUGGAAAACGCUGUAAAGGCCGCUCCGGAUUCUCAGCCAAGAGAAACAAGUCUCUGGAGUCCAAGCCUUGAGGAGUCCAGGCCUGUGCUUUGUGGCCCCGUUCAGUUGAAGAGGAUGGAGUCUGGGUCCUGGUUGGCCAUUUGUGCAAUGUGCUUCAAGACAUCUUUUUUGGUAAUGAUCCCCAGCAGCUUCCUAGAAAGAGAGAAAAGGAGUUAAUGCAGGAGAUCCAUUCCCCCAAAUGUAGUCCACUUCAAGCUAUGUCUUCCCUUCUUUUUGCCAGAAGGAAUAAUUGUUCAGCAUUUUGUGCCCUUUGUGAAAUGAGACCCUUCCUCAGAACUACGGCUCCCAAGAUUUUUUGCCUCAUCAACAGAAGAGAUCCAGAAAAGAAAUUAAAUGUGCAGCAGGGAGGAAUCAUAACUAAACUAUUUAAAAACCAUCAAAAGAAGUGGCAGAAGAAACCGCAGUCGCCGCCAGACAUCCUAAUCGAGUUUAGCUGUAAUUCUGUGAUCAGCUGCUGUAUUUGGCAACACUAUGUUGUUAUGUAUCAUUUGUAAAUACAAUGUAUUCUUCAUUAUUGCCUGUUAA